GAGGCCAGAAUACAAUAUGAGUCAUCUUUUGUCUCUUUCUCUCACUUUAUAAACCCGUAGUUCAGUAUGCUUUUGUCACCGUUCAUCACGCACGCUGUUUUGAUAAGAUAUCAGUUAAAGUUGAUAUAAACAUAUUAGAAGUCACAAAAAUGACCCGGGAGAAACACGUGUUUAUAGGUCUUAUAGCCUACUCUAAGUCUUUAAAAGAUUUAUCAAUAUACCCUGGAUUUUUGGCUGUCGAAUAUGGAAAGAUUACAAAGAAAGGAUCCGUAGCUGAAUUCGAAACAUUGAACGAAGCUGGGGCAUUUUCUAAUUACAAGAUAAUAAAAUUGAAGGAUGAUCAGUUCCUUAUGCCGGGUUUGGUAGAUUGUCACACGCAUGCCCCACAAUUCCCCAAUAUAGGCCUCGGAUUAGACCGUGCUUUACUGGAAUGGCUUUCCAAAUACACGUUCCCUUUAGAGCAACGCUACGGCGAUUCCGAGUUCGCGAGUAAAGUUUACGACACUGUGGUUCAAAGACUUCUGAAUAAUGGCACUACAACAGCCUGUUAUUUCGGAUCAUUACACCUGGAGGGUACACUGGAACUAGUGAAAACUGCCAUAAAGCACCACCAGAGGGCACUAAUUGGUAAGGUCAGCAUGAACGUCAAAAAUGACGCCGGCUACUAUAACGAUACUAAGAAGGAAAUAGCAGAGGUUGAAACAUUCAUUCAAGAAGUACUUAAAUAUAAGAGUGAGUUGGUGCAACCUGUUGUGACUCCAAGAUUUGCAAUCAGUUGCGACAAAGAAUUAUUGACAGCAUUAGCGAAAAUAUCACAAAAAUAUCAGUGCAGAAUACAGAGUCACCUAUCAGAAAAUCGCGAUGAAGUGGACUACGUCUUACAAAUGUACUCAGAUUGUAAAACUUAUUCAGAUAUUUAUGAUAAUUGUCACAUUCUAAAUGAACGCUGCAUCAUGGCGCAUGCUAUACAUUUGUCAGAUGAAGAAAUACAAUUACUAGGUAGCAAAGGCGUAUCGAUAGCUCACUGUCCGGCUUCAAACACUCGUCUGAAAUCUGGUUUGUGUCCAGUAAGAAAAUACUUAGACAAUAAUCUUACUAUCGGACUUGGAACAGAUGUCGCUGGUGGCGACAAUGCAUCAAUAAUAGACGCAAUGCGGAGAGCUAUGGACGUAUCAACACAUUUAGAACUAACGGGGAACAAUGACUAUUGUAUCAACUGGAAGGAGGCUUUCUAUUUAGCCACAUUAGGUGGCGCUAAAGCCUUGAAAUUAGAGGACAAAAUUGGCAAUUUUGACGCCGGCAAAGAUUUCGACGCCCUUCUUAUUGAUGUUUACGUAAAUGAAGGGCAGAUAAACGAGUAUGAAUCUACGGAGCAUGCAGAAGAGCACGCGGUGUCUCUGUUGCAGAGAUUUAUAUAUUUGGGUGAUGACAGAAACAUAGUACAAGUGUAUGUGAAUGGGAAUAAAGUUAAAGAUAUACUGACAAAGUAACUGUUGAGUUUCCAUAAUGGGGCAAUCUAUAUUUUGGGCACUAAACACUUACCGCUAGCGAUAGCACAGAAAAACUAAAGUGCGCAUGCCAAA